AAAUGGAAGCGGGAAGCUGAAAAUUGAAGAAGUACAUGAGGGUGAACAAAAGAAGCAGAAACGACAUAGUUUUGGCUUUGUUGUUUGAUAAAAACACCCACGACACUUAGCAAAAAUUUCAGACAAAAUUUUCUUUCCCUCUUCUUGCCAGUUUUGGACACUAUCAUCUUCUUCUUCUCUCCACUGCCAUCUUACUGAAAUUAUCCAAAAAAUCACUUUGAGCCACCAUUUUCAUCCCUAAUUUGAGCUACCCAAAAGAUUUGUGUAGAUUUUGUGGAGUUGCGGAUAGCAAAAAUCCCUAGAUCGGUGCAGCAAAAAUCCCUAAUCAGGAGGAGGAGCUGCUGCACAAUCGGGUCACCGGAGGCCGCCUAGUGUUACUACUGGUAUCUUACGAACGACGGCAUCGAGUUCCUGAGGACUUACCUCAAUCUUCCCUCUGAAAUUGUUCCUGCUACUCUUAAGAAGUCCGUCAAGCCCCUCGGUCGUCCUAUGGGUGGACCUCCUGGUGACCGCCCUCGCGGACCACCAAGGUUUGAUGGGGAUAGGCCCAGAUUUGGUGACAGGGAGGGGUAUCGUGCUGGUCCCGUGGACCUUCUGAUGAGUUUGGUGGUGAGAGCCAGAUUGAAAAAAUGGGAAGUAGUAAACCAGUAUUAUAUUAUUUAUAUUGCUCCCAUGUUAUAUUAGUAGUAAUAUUUCCCGUUGACUGCAAAAAAAAAAAAAUUGAAAAAAAACAAACAUAAAAGAGAAAGAAGAUGAAGAGAACGCACAGCAAACCGCAAAUCCUAUCUGAGAUAGAAUCCUUCUCAUUCAAUCAAUUUUUUUUUUUUUGCUUUUCCUUUUUCAUCUCCCUUAACCUGGCCGUUUGAGCACAGCCGUUUACUUGUACCAUUUUAAGCUUUUCUUUUUCUUUUUUUGGGAACAAUUUUUUUGUUUCAUCCUGUUGGAUCUUUCUUUGCAGCUGGUGUACGUUUCUUCUACAAGGGAAGGCCGCCCCCGUUAAGUUUCACUGCAGAGAUCUAAUUCUCACCCACUUUUUACCUGGGCCAGGGAUUUUUUUUUUCCCCUGCGCGAAUAUUUUGGCUAGACGUCGACUUGAUGCUGAGGAAGUUAAGUAAACAGCUGAAUGGUGAGGAUUGGAUGUGGAACAACCUAAAUACCUUGUGCUGGGCAAUAGGAUCUAUAUUAGGAUCAAUGAUGGAGGAACAAGUGUAUUGCUUUAUGCUGAAAACAGAUUUCUUGUGAUGGUGAUACGUGAUUUGUUAAACCUUUGUGAGAUUACAAAAGGCAAAGACAACAAAGCAGUUAUUGCAAGUAAUAUAAUGCAAAUGACCGUGAACUCCAGUUUUCCAUGGUUGAUGGUGAUUUCAAGAAGUUUGAAGGAAAAUGGUCUGUCAAAUCUGGUCGUGCUAACUCCGACACAUUUAGCUAUUGUGAUGGAAUAUGCUGCUGGCGGAGAGCUCUUUGCAAAAAUUUAUAGUGCUGGUGGAUUCAAUGAAGAUGAGAUUGCGGAUGUAUGGUCCUGUGGUGUGACAUUGUACGUGAUGUUGGUGGGAGCUUAUCAUAUUGACUUAAUUGGAUUUUUGUUCAUACAAUGCUAUUAAAUGCUCUUGAGGAGAUGAAAAAGGUUGGCUUUUGGAUAUGCUCAUGAAGAUGACUUCAGUUUGACACAAAUUGUUGCUUUAGUCUAUGUUUUUGUUUGGAAAGAGUACUUUGUUUUUUUGGAUGUGUAAUGGCUGUUACUAGUGGAAUUGAUGUGAAUUUAGUACUCUAUUGUUUGGAUGGAUAAUGGCUGUUAGUAUUUGAACUAACGUGGGCUUUGGAACCCAUUUUGGUUAAUGUGUGUUGUGAUGAAUUUAGAGAUGUUUAUAACCAUAUAUAUAUAUUUGAGGGUUCAUUGUACA